AAAAAAAAAAUCUGUGAAGUUUGAACAAGCGGCCUUCUCAAGAUGUACCGAGUCUCUCAACUGAUGUCGACACCAGUAGCAAAUUCCACCAGGUCACACAGAGGACAUUCUGGAGAGCUGUCCCCCAGAUGCAUUUUCCCAAGCUUUGAUUGUGGCUUCUUGGAUGGAGAGAGUUCUUUUGAAUGCUGCUCCAUAGACCCCCUGACAGGCUCCCACUAUGUCUGUCGCAGAAGCCCCCGACUCCUCACCAAUGGCUACUACAUUUGGACUGAGGACAGUUUCCUUUGUGACCCAGAUGGUCAUAUCACUCUGAACCCCUCCCAUACCAGUGUUAUAUACAAGGAGAACUUAGUUAGAAUAUUUAGAAAGAAAAAGAGAACCCACCGUUCUCUUUCUUCUCUCCUGGACCUCAGAGCCUCUAAAUCUUGGCUGCAUGGAAGCAUCUUUGGAGAUGUUGAUUCACUUCCAAGUGAGGACAUCUGGCUGGAGGGCAUCAGAAGCUUGGGAAGUGAUCUGGACUGUUCUUCCCUGAGUGAUGGAUGGGAGUUUCAGAAGCCAAUCACAGACACUUCAGAAGCCUCCUCUUCUGGCCACAUCCUGUCUCAGCAUCUCAAAGAAAGCUCUGAGAAUUCCUCUCUUCAGCCUCAGAGGAGAACAUCAGAACAUUUCCAAAAGAACAUUUCGGUGCAUUCAAAAGCUGGUCUGAUGCAUAAGAUCUCCUUUCAAGCAAUCCUGCUCACAGUGUGCUUAAUCAUCUCUGCAUGUGCACGGUGGUUUAUGGGAGGAGAAUUAGCCAGCAUCUUUAUCUGCACAGUGGUGAUCACAACAGCUUACGUUGCGAAGCCGCUGUUUCUCAGCCUUGCCAGAUAUUUCAAAGCCACCGCCUGGGCUAAAUUUGACAGCCCUUGAGGAAUACUGGUAAUGAAUGUCUUCAAUCUGAAUAUCCGGAAACACAAUUUGUCGUCUAUUUGGAAUGAAUCAACCACUUUAUUGGAAGGGGAUGAGUAAAUGGAUAACUGAGGGAAAAAAUUUUUAAUUUGAUCAUGUAAUUUCUUUCUAAAAAUCUCAAUUUCCACAUGUAAUAGUAAUUAGCUCAUGACAUCAAUAUUAAAUUUCCUUUCUUUCGUGAACACUGUCAGUUGAAAGGGAAGGGAUGGGAGAAAGUGACAGAGCACAGACCACCUGGGGUAAUGUUCCCCUGUUGUUCCCAAGGCGAUAGACCUCAAACAUUAAUUUUAAUUAGAGAGUUCUGUGAGUGGCUUGGAGCAUAAAUGUCUCUGGUCUGCCAGCAUGCGGCUAUGCCUUGCUGACUUACUCUAAACAAUGCAAACAAGCUUAUAUAGUUGAUACAUGCUGUAUAAGAAAUAGGAACAGUUUGUACAUACAAUAUAUUGUUGCAAAAAUUCAUCCCAUUCUGAAAUGUCCAUUGAUAUUAGAUGGUAAUUUUAGGUGCUGUGAUUUGUCUCCAAAUGUCCAUGUGUUGAAAUCCUGAUUGUUAAGGAUUUGUUAAGAAGUGGUAGGAUGUUUAAGAAACAGGAACAGUGGAACAUUUUUAGUUUGUUGGGGAACUUCCUUCAGAAUGUGUAAAUGGUCAAACCCCCAGUCUGUCUCUAGCUUUCUGUCCACUCUCCAGUCCUUAGGGAAUUUUUAUGUAUCACAUUUUAAUCACAAUUUGAAUGAAAAAUGAUCUUUAUUUCACAGAAAUUAAAAAAAAAACACUUAGCAAUGAAAGUCAUUUAAGAGAAGAAUUAGUAUUCCAACAAACAGCUCUCUCUCUCUCUUGCUCAUUUUUCAUCUUUGGUUCCCAUUACUAUAAUGAAAUACCCAAGGCAGAAUAGCUAGAAAUGAAAGAGGAUUCCUAUGACCCACAGUUCUGGAGGUUCAAAUGCAGGUGCCAGCAUCUCCUUCAUUCUAGUGGUGAUGUCAAGGUAUUUGGCAUCACAUUACAUAGGAGGUGUGGGGGGAAGAAAUCAUUUGUUUAUAGAUUACCAAACCAAAGAUGCUCCGGUGUUGCUACUGGUUUUCACUGGAGACUUCAAUAAAUUAUGAAGAUUUACAGGUUCCUUUAAAAAAAAGUAAUCCUAA